AUGCCUCCUUUACAAACGCAUACUGUUGAAGGAUACUCGUAUCUCAAGAAGCCCACUUUCUUGGGAUCCAUGCUGUUAUAUUUCAAGAGUCAAUUGGUGUGGCCCGAUGUAUUGCGAUGGAAAGGAUCCGUACUUUUGCCUACAUUGCCAGGAGUCAUUGGCAUGACAGGCUUCUCAUGCCUGGUGUGUCUCUUUCACCUUACCUUUCAAAUCUCUAUUAGCGUGCCUGUAUCUGUUUUAGGAACUGUUUCCGUUGCAUUAGGUCUAUUACUGGCAUUUCGUGUCAAUACAGCCUAUGAUCGUUACUGGGAAGGCAGAAAGCUGAUUCAAACAGUUACUGCCACUAUCAGAAAUGUGGCUCGUCAAGUGUGGAUCAACAUCCCUGAAGAGACUGAGCAAGAUCAUCUGGAGAAAAUGCGCUGUGUCAAGCUAUUAUUAGCCUUCUUUGUCGCUACCAAGCACCAUCUCCGCCAUGAAUACGGUACACAUUACUAUGAUUUGGAAGUGCUGUUGCCGCCCAAAUGGGAGCCAGCAAGCUCUGCAAAGAAGAACAAGGCAGGAACCGUGCCCGAGGGGCAAAGCACGCCACAGACAACUGUAAAAUUAUACAUCAAUUUAAAUGACGCUGUUCAAUCCAAUGCUGUGGUAGGACGUAGUACAUCUGUGGACGCAUCGUCAAGUGCCAAAAAGAGAAGAGAGUUCCAUGUAUUUGAUAGAGCGCCCGCUGUCAUGGUAUCGUUGACGGAUUCGAUCAAGCCAAAGCAACACGAUGACUACAUGGAAUCGGAUGAUCCUACUCACAUUGCCAAUGUACGUCGUUCCUUGAUCCAGCAAGAGUUUCCAAACUCAGAUUUUGCUCAAGCAUCUACUGCUCAAUUCAAAAGUACCAUGACAGGUGUCAAUUUGGAGCAGACCAUUGGCGAUGAAGAGGAACAGCAAGGCAGCCGAUUGCUUGAUGAAGCUGUCAACUUGCCUCCUGCUUCUGCAGUGCCCGACUCACCUAGAGAGGAUGGCGAUGGUAAUGAUAACAAUCAUCAAGAAGGAAGAUCAAGAACCACUGUAGCAGAUAUGAAGAAGAUGGGAUCCAAAACACAAGCCGAACUGCAUCACAUCAAGAGCCGUAUUCGCAAUCAGCAUCAAAAGUUUAAAAAGAGACAUUUAGAUCAUUCGGAAUUCACCAGUGAAGAGGAUUUACCCUAUCAAGGCGAUUCUGAUCUCUCCUUGCCUUUGGAGAUCUUGUUUCGUGUGGCAUUGUAUAUUAACCAACAGAAGGCAGCCAACAAGAUUGAAUCCACUCUGGUAUCAGUUACUACAAAUUCGAUAGAUAUAUUGGUCAACUCAUUGACAGCUUUUGAGAGAAUCGUGCACACACCUAUUCCAAAAGCAUACAACAUUCAUUUAAAACAAGCUGUCGUUUUGUACAUUUUCUUUUUGCCUUUUGCACUGGUAGACACACUGGCUUGGAUAGUUGCACCUGUUGUUGCACUCGUGUCAUUCACAUUGUUUGGUAUUGAAGCGAUUGGAGCAGAGAUUGAAAAUCCAUUUGGCUAUGACGACAAUGAUUUGCCUCUCAACAGAUAUUGCGAUGAGCUGAAAAAAGAAGUAGAAUACAUCAUUUAUCAUAUUCCUACUCAAUCAACCAGUAUUCUCUUGGAUGGUCAAUAA